AUGGCGACGAAAACAGCCGGUACAUACUUAAUACCAGGAACUACCACCUCAGGUUCCAAAACCCAUGCUCCAACGACAAAACCAUCGCCAGUUUUGGUAUCUAUCACUAGUAACUACGUUUCAACUAUCACUGUGUCCAAUCCUACCACCUCAAAUAAUGAACUAUCACCCAACGAACCAGAAACUACAAAACUCACAACCACAUCCACACCCAAGAGCAGCCAGCAAGCUCCGGACAGCACGACUGUUGAAGUAAUCACAAUCACAUCGUCUUCUCGCGAUCCUGAUGGAACCUUCGUGGAAUUAACUACAAUCACAUCAUCGUCUCUAGUACGUGUAGUACCAUCACCAAGCAUUGUGCCUCAGAGUAGCCCGACAACUAGUUACUCAGCCUCCAUGUCCAAUGAGACAAAUCCGGCCUCCUCAAGCAUGCUGGUUAUUGUGUCAACCUUCAAAAGUGUUUAUGAAAGCACCGUCUUCCCCACUAGCUCCAAUACAAUCAUCAACAAACCAAUAGCAACAAGUGCCAAUUCAAGCGGAACGUUCGUCUACCACAGUAACGGUGUUAUCACUGCACCACCUCAGAUUUCCUAUCGGCAGUAUCUUAUCGCAUCAUUCUUACCCCUCUUCCUGGUUAUAUUCUACGCAAUUCCAUGGCGUAUUCUGGAAAACACUGUUCGAUAUAUGGAGCCCUUCUAUCAACUCAGACCUUUCUCCCAUUCGACAGAGUCUGAGGCUAUACAUCUUAACUACGAAAGUACAUCAACAUUCCUCGUCCCUUUCAAAUCCAUCGCUUGGAAACACUUUACUGUAUUUGUGUCAAGUCUAAUAUCCAUUAUCAUGCUUGCGGUCGCACCAAUUGCUUCUCAGAUCUUGUUUGUAGUCGAAAGCAACUAUUGCGAAGGAACCGGUCUCGCUACAUGCGAUAGUUGGGGAAUCUAUCCAGAUUUUGCGCGGGUGCUAGAAGGCUUACUGGGCGCCAUCGCACUAUUCAGAUUAUUUUUGAUAUUUGCAGGACGACGCCGGAAUACAGGAGUAUACAAUGAGCCGCUGAGCUUGGUUGGGGCUUGCCAGUGGAGCUUAAAAGAAAGAAAUGGUAACAUUCCCAUUCAAAGCUAUACAUCUCUCUCAACACACGAAGCAGAGAUGGGCAGGACUACCCAGAAUUCGGCUCUCUUAAGGACGAAGAGAAUAGAAGACUCAAAGAAGACAUUCCUAUCAAGAAUAUGGGACGAAAUCAAGAUUCGACUAGUUCACAUUGGCGGAUUUUGUUUGCUAUGCGGUAUUCUCGGUGUUGUAGCUUCAUACUACGAUACAAAUGCCGACACCUGUUUCAAUCGGUUUAUGAAUUCACAAGGCUUCGGCGUACGAUUCCUGAUGACGGCUCUCGGAACAGGUACCAAUCUUCUCUGGUCUCGUAUUGACGAAGAUCUCCGCAAAAUGGAUCCUUACUACCAACUUCUCCGCUGCAACGCCAAACCUCAAAACUCCAUCUUGGCGCCCGUACACAUGAGUCCCUACUCAGCUCUCAUCCCAUCUCUGCGCCGUAAACACUAUCUCGUCUCUUGGAUUUCAUUCUGUUCCAUCUUAUCCGAAUUUCUCCCCAUAACCCUCGCAAACAUACCAUACAGUAUCACGGAAACACGUUUAGUGCUCCUCACAUGUUUUUACCUGGCGAUGGGUAUAAUUUCGCUGAUGAUCAUCGGUGUUAUUAUACUUCUCUUUCGACCCCGUCAUCACAUCAAGAGUCUUCCGAAAAAACUCUGUACGAUUGCGGCGAGGUUGGAGUAUCUGGCUCCGGCAGGUGAAGUGGAUGAUUCGAGUUUGUUGAGAAGUGUAGAUGGACUUGCGCUACUUGAGAGAGAAGAGAGGGAUGCGCGGAUUAUUGCGGGAGGGAAGUUGUACAGUACGGGGAUUGGCGAGGAUGGUAAAUUGAGAAUAGAUGAGGAUGAGAGGAUUGUGGGGAAAUGGGGAGAGGAGGGAGGACAGAGUGGGGAUGUAUGA